CCGGGCGCCCGGCACCAUGAGCAUCGAGAUCCCGCCGGGCCUCACCGAGCUGCUGCAGGGCUACACGGUGGAGGUGCUGCGGCACCGGCCGUCCGACCUGCUGGGCUUCGCCGCCGACUACUUCGCCCGCCUGCGGGAUGCCCGCGACCAGGAGGCGGGCGGCGGCCGCAGGGUGGUCAGCUUCGACGGGGAGCCCAUGCAGACCGAGUCCAACGGCGACGAGGAGCCCGAGCGCGGCGACGAGGACUCGGACUCCGACUUCGAGCCUCCAGUUGUUAACCGAUACAACAGAAGAGUAUCAGUUUGUGCUGAAGCUUUCAAUCCAGAUGAAGAGGAAGAAGAUACAGAACAAAGGGUAGUUCAUCCAAAAACUGAUGAACAGCGAUGCCGACUGCAGGAAGCUUGUAAAGAUAUCCUGCUCUUCAAAAACCUAGAUCAGGAGCAGCUGUCUCAGGUCCUUGAUGCCAUGUUUGAGAGGAAGGUGAAACCUCAGGAACAUGUGAUUGACCAAGGUGAUGAUGGAGAUAACUUCUAUGUCGUUGAGCGGGGACUGUAUGAUAUUGUUGUAGCAAAAGACAACCAGUCGCGCUGCGUGGGCCGCUACGAUAAUCACGGCAGCUUUGGGGAACUGGCAUUGAUGUACAACACUCCUAGAGCUGCCACCAUCGUUGCCACAACAGAAGGAGCCCUUUGGGGACUGGAUCGAGUGACAUUCAGAAGAAUUAUACUGAAAAAUAACGCAAAGAAGAGGAAGACGUAUGAAUUAUUUAUUGAGUCUGUGCCCCUUCUUAAAUCCUUGGAGGCAUCAGAGCGAAUGAAGAUAGUGGAUGUUAUAGGAGAGAAAGUGUACCAAGAUGGGGAACGUAUCAUUUCUCAGGGCGAUAAAGCAGAUUGUUUUUACAUUGUAGAAUCUGGUGAAGUAAAAAUCUUGAUCAAAAGCAAGACUAUGACGAGUAAAGAAGCUAACCAAGAAGUGGAGAUUGCCCGGUGUCACAGAGGGCAGUAUUUUGGAGAGCUUGCACUUGUUACCAACAAACCCAGAGCAGCCUCUGCCUAUGCUGUUGGGGAGGUCAAAUGUUUAGUCAUGGAUGUGCAAGCAUUUGAGCGGUUGCUUGGGCCCUGCAUGGACAUUAUGAAGAGGAAUAUAACCCAUUAUGAGGAGCAACUGGUGGCAAUGUUUGGCUCUAGCAUGGACCUGUUGGAUCCAGGGAAUUAGGCACAGGGUACCUCAAUGCCUUCUUAGUUCAAGACACAGAAAAGCCUCCUAUCAGCAACACAACUCACAAGGACAACGGACACUAUGGAACAGUUACUGCUGCUGUUUUCUUGGGCAUUUUAGAAACCAUAAACAAGUCUCAGCACAGAUGGAUUGCUCACUCCCUGCCUCCACUUUGCUGCUGAUACUUCAUUAUUAGACCUAGAUUAAAGAUGAUUCUAACCCUAUGUUCACUUACUUGGUUCAGAAUGGCAUCUGUCCAACAGUUCAAGUGCCUGAUAUGAAACCCAAAGUGUGCAAGAUAUAGAAGCCUCCUUCCUUCUGAGUGUUACUGUUGGGAUAAAUUUUCCAAUCAGAUUCUGUAGUGGGAGGUUGCCUGUUCUGCAGAGGCAGCCUGUGGAAUACAGGCCUUUCAUGGACUUAUUACCUUCAUCUGAUGCUUUCCUUACACAGUGUCAAAUUUGCUUUUAAUUGUAGCAUCUGGGUUUGAAGUUAAAAUAUCAAUGGAGCCAGUGAAUAAGAUGGCACUGAAAUUUCUGUCCACCUGCUGAAAGUGGCAGGUACUAAAUAGCUCUUUAAACCAAGUAAACCGAGCUGGGGACAUAGGAGAGUCUGCUUAGCAACCAGAUGCAGAAAAUGAAGCAUUACUACAUUUUAAGUGUUUUCUGAGCAGCAAAGAAAAUUGUUUUACUCUAUGCUGCCCAAAAAAGUGCAGUGGUUCAGAUCAAAUGGCCUGAAAGUGUCAUAAUUGUCAUCUCCCCAGACUUGCUCCUUGUUCCUGACACUGAGUACAUUUUAUGGUGGUGAGAUCACAACGUAUGACCUUCUCUUGCUUACAGAGAUCCUUUAUACUGCUAGAUUUCCCAGGGCACAGUUGUUGACUGGGUCAGUUUUAAAGCUUUUUAAGGAGGUGAAUGUUUUGUAAUUUAAAUGAAGACUACUUCUGUACUUGUUUACAGGAGCUUCCCCCAGUCCUAACAUUUCACAGUAUUCUAACUUCAUUAGACACUUGGUUGCUUCCAAAUACCACAUUGAUUUGCUAAACUUUUCAAAAGUUGGCAACAUUUGACUUUGUAAAGCAAAUGUCUUUGCUAACUAUGCAGUUGGUGUGUUUGAGGAGUCUUUUUGGUCUAGGUGAUAACUAAGCUAAUCAUGUUUAUCUAAAAUACCUGUUAAAUUUGCAGCAUUUAUUAGGUAGAUUCUUGUUUCUAUAGCUUUAAUGACCUUAAUUGGCAUAUGGCUGAGAUUUUAUGAGAGUAUUAUCUAAAUAAGAAUCAGACCAUAAGAAGGACAUUUUUAUGGUGUACAAACAGAAUAUUUAUAUUAAGACAUUGAUUUUGGAGGUAAUAAAUCUAGUGACCCUUUGAAUUUGCAUUCUUCCGCAGCUCAUGCAAAACGUACUGGUGUUUUAUGGGGUUAUAAAAUUUUAAUUGUGAAUGCUAGUGUAACAGAACCUGCUCUUUUUAUUCAUGGCCAUGUGAGCAAGAAUGGAAGGAUGCUAAUCUUGAAUUCCUGCUUUUAGUUAUCACAGUGGAUGUUUCUCUGAGGCACGAGAUGCUUAGCAGCAACUCUAAGUUGAUUUCUGGACACUUCCCCGCCCCCCCCAAUGGAUUUUCCUCCCAUUUCCUGCAAUAUGAGCAAGAUGGAAAGUUGAUCAAUUUGAAUGGCUGUUGUCCAGUUACUGUAAUUUCAGUCAUAUUUUUAUAUAAUGCAAAUGAUUUGUAAUGGACACCACUGAUCUCGGUGUUUCCAUAUUAUUAAAGUCCUGGUUGUGAUGUCUA